AUGACUUUCAGCAAGCAGAAUGUGACAAGAAGAAAGAAGAAGCGCCAAGAUGAUACAAUUGCUGAAGAUGAACAGGAGCCAACUCAACAGCCAACGUCAAAAGAGAUGAGCAAGGAAGCAAUGAAGAAGGGCAAAUCAAAGGAGAAGGAACGAGCCUCAAAAGACAAGAUGUCUGCUUCUGGGGAAAAGGCUGAAAAGGAAAAAGAUCUAAAAUUUGUGGCUGCAACAAAGGGACUCUGCAAGUACAUUCUAGAUAUGAAAGAAGCCAGUCUCAACACAUAUUUCGACGCGAAUCUUGCCAACUAUAGCCCCUCUAAAUGCACAUUUAAUGAGUGGGAGAAGAAUGUCAACAAGAAUCGCACGAAAGAUGUGAAGCUCAUUGAUGCGACACGAGUUGUGCUCACCAAUCCGGAGAAAUCAAAAAUGGGACCUGCGGAUGAUGUGGAAGGCUACAUCAAUGCUAGCCACAUCCGUUUUGACAACGCUUCAACAGAUUAUAUCCUCACGCAAUAUCCACUGCCAAGCACCAUCCGAGACUUCUGGAAGAUGGUCUACGUGACGAAGGUCACGCAAGUCAUCACAAUUUUUGAGCCAAUCAAGGACGAAGCGAUUGAAGAAUUUGCAAACUUCCCUGCACCAGCAUCUCCUGUACCUCCUCCACCUACUGCUUCAUCCAAGGAUAUCGGAAGCUCACCUGAUCAGCAACCUCGAGAGAGAGAACAAAUUGAGAUUAAAUCUAUUCGAUGUGACAAUCAUCUCCACCAGUCGUUCUUCCCUCUGUCGACGGAUCACUACUUGAAUCUGGAAGGUUGGCUGAUCAACACUAGAGCUGUAGAAGUAGAUCAACGAUGCAAGAACUGGAUGAACAAAUAUACAGUGGAAGUUGUCGCAGAUGGAUGUAGUGAGGCAACAUUUGCCAAAGUCUACAAUUGCACCACGUGGCCAUGGAAGAGCUACCCUGAUGAUGUGAAGAAAGUGCUCGCGUUGGUUCGAGCUCCUGUCAAGGAAAGCUCACCAACAGUUGGAAAGCAGCCCCCAGUGAUUGUAAUGUGUGACCUUGGUCUAGAUCGCUCAGCUACUGUAGUGCUCACUUCAAUCAUCAUAGAACAAGUGUUAGAUGGGAAAACUCCCGAUUGUGAUGACUUGUUCAGAAAGAUGCGUGAUCAACGUGCUGGAGUCUUCACAAUGAGCAUCUUCUUCACGUAUGCCAUCCGUGCGGCUCUUUUCUAUUUAAAGCUUAAGCUUCAAUGUCUGAACGAGAAUGGAAAUGAGGAUGUGAAGACGAUGAUCACAGAAGCGCUGGCAAAGGUCCCUUUCCUGACGAAAAAAGCUAAAUAGCUCUUUAUGUAAAUUUUUCUUUUCUACAAUGAACCUUCGACUCUCGAUA